CCAAACCAACCUGAAAAGUACAGAAUCUCUUCCCAACACUCAGAAAAUUGCAAAUUAGGGUUUCAACUUCCAACUUCCAACUUCGUUCAAUUUUUUUUUUUUUUUCCCUCUUUUGCCCUAAUUCCAAUUCUCUGUGAUUCGCAAAAUUUCCUCUUCCAUUUAGCUCGAAUUCCAACCCCUUUGCAACAAUGAAGCAUCAGAAACCACGAGACGAGGAAAACAGGGGGAAAAACAAUGGCUCAAAUUCGAUAAAAAUGAACAACAACAACAACAUGAAGAAGAAGAAGAGGUUAGGUGGGGGUGGCCUUUCGCUCGAGGCAUUCGCUAAUGCCAAAACAAAAGGAGAUUUUUAUAACCCAUCUCUCAUAAAGAAGCAAAAGGAGUUUUAUAAGAAUGCAAAGCAUGUGAAGAAGUAUAAGAAGUUGCUAAAGCAACAAAGUCAGCAACAUGAUAUUUCCUCAGCUAUAAGAUCCGUUGAGGAUGAGAAUGAAACUGAAGAUGGAAGCAGUAUGGGUUUGAACAAACAGAACAAGAAGAAUCCUGGUAUACCCAGUUUGAAAGAAAUGUAUGAUAAGAAGCAUGAAAAGAAAGAGAAGGAAAGGAUUGAGAUGCAGGCAGUUCUUCAAGCAAAGAAGGAAGAGAGAGAAAAGGCUGAAGCUCGGAGGAAGGCUGCAAGAGAGAAGAUGUUCAAGAAGACGAGAGCAGGCCAGCCUGUUAUGAAGUAUAGAAUUGAGCAUCUUUUGGAGACUAUUCAAAAUUCAGCCAAAAACUGAGUGCAAAAGUUCCUCAAUUAGUGCUGAGCUCAAUUGUACUUUGGUUGUUUUAGAGCUAGAUUUCCAUUGGGGGUAAAAAAAAAAACUUGAUUGUUAAACUUUUCUGUAGCAAAAUUUUUCUGUGGCAAUGCGAUAGACAAAUACAAUAUUUCCCCUUCCUUUUCUCCACCUGCCCCUUCUCCCCUUUUCUUGUUUUGUAACAGUAGAUAUAAUGGAAAGAAUACAAUUACUGAAAACAAUUUUAAUAUGAUAGAGAGAAAUUGGUAUUCUGUACUGUAAUCCUGCAAUAUUGUUUAUCAGUAAAAUAUGUAAUUUGUCAUAGUAUUGAAUUCA